UCUAACCGGUAUCAUUGGAUAAUCCAUCGUUAAUCAGACACCGAAACCAAUACGUUUUCUUUUUCUCAAAAGAGAGGGAAAUUUUGCUUGAUUUCGUUAUUAACAAUGGGGAUGAGAAAGUGUGAUGGUGGAACUCUUCUGCAUGAUACUGAAUCUCGACUCGCAGAGGCUUAUUCUCGACUGUCCAAACAUCGCUCAUGUUGGAAGCAUAUGCUAGCGAGCUUGUAUUCUAAUGGCAAGAAGAUAAAUAAACAACAGGCUGCAGAGUUUUGGAGAUACAAUUCAAUACCCCAGUGUUUUUUAGGUACCUUCCCUUCUCGUAAGAGAUCAAAGAGGAGGAAGCACGAGUGUAGAAUUGCGAGAGUAAUUAAAGAAAAGAAAAGACUAGAUAGUAGAGAAUUUGACAGAUACUUCCAUAGAAAUUUGUGGCGGAGCUUCUCAGAAGAUAAGAGGACUUCCUUCACUUACCUGGAUAGCUUGUGGUUUUACUGGUACAUGAAGGCAUCCUCUAAGGGGAAGGUGCUUACAUGGAUAAAGAGAAAGCAAAUUUUUUUGAAGAAAUAUGUGCUUGUUCCCAUUGUUUGCUGGGGUCAUUGGAGCCUAUUGAUCUUCUGCCACCUUGGUGAGAGCUUUGAGUCAAAAGCCAGAACACCUUGCAUGUUGUUACUGGAUUCACUUGAAAUGGCAAACCCAAGGCGCCUUGAGCCAGAUAUAAGAAAGUUUGUGUUAGACAUUUAUAGAUCAGAGGGCAGGGAUGAAAAUAAAAAGCUGAUUUAUAAGAUUCCAUUCUUGGUACCUAAGGUACCACAGCAAAGCAAUGGUGAAGACUGUGGCAUCUAUGUUCUCUACUUCAUAAAUUUGUUUGUCAAAGAGGCUCCAGAGGAUUUUAGCAUCAAGGACUACCCCUAUUUUAUGAAUCAACACUGGUUCAGUCCUCAAUGCAUGGACAACUUUUUUGCAGAACUGGAUUUGUUUGGAAAGUGAUUAUCCUGAUUGCUAUACAUAAUAUUGGCAUUCUCCAAUAAGCUAUGAAUGGUUUGCCAGUUUCUGUCAUGGUUUAGCAAUCACCAUUCAUGGAGAGGAACAUUUUUAAAGUUCUGCCUUCUGUUUCUACCAUUUGAUGUAUAAUGUGAUUUUUUUUUUUUUAAAUGCUGGAAACCUGUUGUUUGACUACUGGAUUGCUGCUAAAAACAUGGUGUUUCUCAUUGAUCUUUUUCAGGUUCCUUGAUUCCUAAAUGAUAAGCAUUAAGGCAUCAGCACACAUUGCUUCCUCU